AUGGCCUUGGAUGGCGUUGAAUGGGGUACAGGCUUGACCUUGCGAGCAGCUGCAGAUCUACUGGGCGCAGAGAUACAUGUCUUCGAAGAUGACUUGAGUGAGGGGCAGAUGUACAUUCACUACGAGACUUGGCAUUUGAUCGUGGGCUUCGAACGGCAGUUGGAGCGCGCACAACGGGAGCAAGAGGAGGUUCACUUGUCCUUCCAGAGAGUCCAUGAGGAUCUGCGUGUGUCCGGAGAAGAGCAACGGCAGCUCUUGACCGAGCAGGAGCAGUCGUUGCAGUGCCGACUUCAUGCCGGUGAUCAGGAGACCUGCACCUUUGUGGCACAAGAUGAGAAGAUUUGCGACCGUCUUCAGCACUCGCUCGCCACGCGGCUCGCACGUCUGGCGGACGAGCGACGGCUGCUGGAGGCGCAACGACGGCUGCAGGGCGAUCUGAGGGACUUGGGACGGCAAGCAACGGAUCUGAUGGACACCAUGAACCGUUCGAUCCAGGCGCGCGGACCUGUGUGGGCGGCCUCGCAAUGCUUGUUGAGGUACCAAUGUAAACCUCGGAAGACUUAUGUUUGCUGUAACUUGUAG